CGCGCAUUUCCCCACGCGGCUUCCGUACAACUUCCCGUGUAAAAACGGAAGGUCAGACAUGGCAGCCUGUGCGAAAGGGCUCCACAGAUGCACGUUCUCCCUAAGGUUAUUACGAGACCCGCGGCUCCAAAAUGAACGGUUCGUAUCGACGUCGCUGUGUCGUCCGGCUCCGGGUCACAACGGCAAGGAGCCGCCAAAGUUCUCUCCUCCAGCGAAACCUGUCAUCAUAGACAAGACACAGACCGUGGCGUCUCUGCGGAAGUUUCUGAGCCCGGAGUUUGUCCCUCCGAGACAGAGGACGGAUCCUUUUAAAUUCGCCAUCGAGAGGAAGGACAUGAUCCGCAGGAGGAAAGUCCUUCACAUCCCCGAAUUCUACGUAGGGAGCAUCCUGGCAGUGACCAUGGCCGACCCCAACGCCAGCGGGAAAAUCAAUCGCUUCGUGGGCAUUUGCAUCCAGAGGGGGGGGAAGGGCCUGGGGGCCACAUUUGUCCUGAGGAACAUCAUCGAUAAUCAAGGGGUGGAGAUCUGCUACGAGAUGUACAGCCCCCGUAUCCAGAAGAUCGACGUGCUGAAGCUUGAGAAGAGGCUGGACGACAACCUUGUGUACCUGAGAGACGCUCUGAGCGAGUACAGCACCGUGGACCCGGAGAUGAAGCCUGUGCCCUUUUCCCCCACCGGGGAGGUGACCGUCAACAAGAUCAGGGUCAGGAUGCGUCCGAAACCUUGGUCCAAACGCUGGGAGCGGCCCAAGUUCAACAUCCAGGGCAUUCGCUUCGACCUGGCGCUGACCCCGGAGCAGACGGAGCACGCCCAGAAGUGGGCGCACCCGUGGCUGGAGUACGACAUGCUGAGGGAGUACGACACGUCCAACCUGGAGGAGCGGAUCCUCCGCGAGGUCCAGCAGGAGAUGAGCAAGUGAGAAAGAUCCUCCGCAAGGGGAUCAACAGACUUUCUAGGAGUGGGGGAGAAAGAGGAACACGGAGUUGGCAUGGAUGUAAAAAAAAAAAAAAAAACGCCAGGUUGAGUUACUUCAGCCACGCCAGCGUAUCAGCGGAGACGAAGCCUACGUGGAAAAUGGUCUGAGAAGUCAUGUCGCCGCCUUUUUGUUUCGUCAGUCUGCUGUAAAUGCUUUUUCAUCGUCAUAGUCCCAACACGUGACCUCCAUUAGGCGGUUUCCAUAAUAAAACCAUUAAACCCUCCAAGGUUUUCAAUUACAUUUUGUUUCCCUGAGCGCCGUAGGAGAUUGUUUCUGUUGACGACUGUCGGAUCAGUUUGCCAUCUGUUCGCUGUGGAGUCUUGACACUAGGUGGCGCUGCUCCUCUGUGAAUGUUGCAUUCAUCAGCAGUUGCAUAACCACGUCUCUGUCGUGUUUUGAGGGAAACGUUGCCAAGCUAAAUAAACAAAUGUAUGUAAAUGUAUUAUUUCAGUUGAACAAAUGCUUCCAGAUUGUUAUUUGUUUAGAAGUAUUUUUACACCUGCAUGUUGUAGAUGCGAGGAGCUUCUGGGUUUACAGAUUGCCAGAAGAAUUCAAUUAAAUAGUAAACCUGCUUCUCCGA